AUGGACCCGGAGCAUCGUGCGCGCGUAGAGAAGUCAUUGGUGCGCAAGCUCGAUGCGCGAUGCUCUCUUUUCGUGCUCAUCUAUAUCCUCAACUAUCUCGAUCGCAACAACAUCGCGGCCGCUCGGCUCCAGAAACUUCAGUCAGACCUGAAUCUCGAUGAUACACAAUAUGCGACUUGCCUGAGUAUCUUGUACGUCGGGUACAUCCUGAUGCAGGUCCCGUCGAACAUGUUCAUCAACCGGAUACAACGCCCGUCCAUAUACAUCGCAUGUUCCAUGUGUCUAUGGGGUCUCAUCUCUACGCUCAGCGGGAGCACGCAUAACUUUACCGGCAUGGUUCUUGUGCGUUUCUUCCUUGGAUUCGUCGAAGCCGCUUUCCUACCGGGAGCGCUCUUGAUUCAGUCCAAGUGGUACACGCGAAGGGAGCUGACGACAAGGAAUGCGAUCCUGUUCUGCGGUAACAUUAUCUCCAACGCCUUCUCGGCCCUUGUGGCAGCCGGCGUGUUGUCGAACAUGCAAGGCGUCCUGGGCCAUGCCGCUUGGCGAUGGCUGUUCUGGAUUGAGGGUGCAAUUACCAUGGCCAUCGCUAUUGUUUCCGCCUUCGUUCUUCCCGACCUGCCGCACAACUCUCGCGGAUUUACCGAGGAAGAGCUUCAGGUUGCACAGCUGAGAAUGAUUGAGGAUGUAGGCGAGGCCGACGUUGACGAGGCCAACCAAGGUGUUUUUGACGGUUUGAUCAUGGCUGUCAAGGACGUGAAGAUUUACCUCAUGAUGCUUACCUUUACGGCCUAUGUGGUUGGGCUCUCCUUCAAUGCCUUCUUCCCCACUCUCACUGGUACACUCGGAUUCGGCUACGUGCCAACGUUGCUGAUGAGCUCACCGCCUUGGGCUUUCUCGUGUAUCGUCUCGCUUAUAAAUGCCUGGCACGCUGACCGAACUCAAGAAAAGUUCUGGCAUAUCGUUGGACCCAUCAUCGGCGGGCUUGUUGGUUUCAUCAUCAGCAUGUCGACGCUAAAUGUAGCUGCCCGAUACGUGGCUCUGUUCCUCCAAGCGAGCUCCUACGCUGGAUUCAUCGUCUUCUACUCGUGGAUCAGCUCUUCGUUUCCUCGGCCGCCAGCUAAGCGCGCCGUCGCCAUCGCGCUGAUCAACGCGUUCUCGCAGCUAGGCAACGUGGCCGGUAGCUACGUGUGGAACCUGAAGGACAACGGAUACCGCAAGAGCUACGGAAUCGUCACGGCCAUGUUCGGAAUCACUAUCUUCGGCUGCUGGGCCUUCCGCGCCAUCCUGGCAAAUCUGAACAAGAAGCUGGAGGAGAGCGAACGUGCCUGGGAGACGCAGCCCGAUGAUGCGACGCACACGUCUGACGUCAACGCUCCUGACGAGGCACUGCGGUUGCAUAAGGGUUACCGGUACAUACUGUAA